CCGGAGUAAUGCAUUGUGGGAGCCAGAGGUAGGCAGUGGUUUGGUAUUUUGUGCCAGCGUUAGCUAGCUAGCCGGUUAAUGUGGUAAUUUUGAUCAGAAAUUGGGAGCAGGGGAGGAGAGAAGUGAUGGAGGAGAAUGAAUAUAUCAUGUCAUCGCACUGUUAAUUCCGUCUGAGAACGCUGCAUAAUACGACUACCAUUUUAGUGGGUUCCAUGCACACCCCUUACCUGCAGCCUCUUAGCGACCAACAUGCCUUAUGGAACUCUCCCCUGGCAUCACUGAUAUUUGACAAUUCCAAAAGUUAGCUCUAGCAACCAGCAACAGGCGCUAGCAACAAACACAAUUUGUUGUUUUCCAAGCCUGCCUGCCUCCCUGCCUGGCUGCCAAACACAGCAGUACCAUUUGAAAUUGCAAACCUGUGUUUCUCAACGAUCAACUCCUCGCCCUGACCAAGGGGAGACAGCCUAUCAUGAGAUUCAGAAUCUACAAGAGGAAGGUGGUGAUACUGACGCUGGUGGUGGUGGUGUGUGGCUUAGCCUUCUGGACCAGUGGGAAGCAGAAGAAGAGCAGUGGAGUCGUGGUCCCCAAAGAGGCUGAUGGGCUGAGGAGAAGCAGCAGUAGUCAGGUGCAUCCACAGCCACAGGCCACACCUGCAGUCAGUCGGAUACCCAUCGUACCACCAAUCGCACCUGUAGCACCUGCCAACGAUACGCAGCUGGAGAAUCACUCCGAAAAACAACUGGAGAAGGAGAAAACGGUUAAACCGGAUGUGGACAACACUACCCUCGUCUACCGUGCCAUCGUGUUCCAGCUCAACUUUGACCAAACGGUGAGGCACGAGGAGAGGUUCAGAGCAGUGAGGAAGAAGGAUGAUCUGGUGGUGGUGGUACAGGUACACAACAGACCUGACUACCUGAGGCUGCUGGUAGAGAGUCUGAGGAAGGCCCGGGGUGUGGAGAGCAUCCUGCUCAUCUUCAGCCAUGACUUCUGGUCCCCCGAGCUCAACCAAGUGGUGGCCUCGGUUGACUUCUGCCAGGUCCUCCAGAUCUUCUUCCCCUUCAGCAUCCAGCUGUACCCCCAGGAGUUCCCUGGCCACGACCCCAGGGACUGCCCCAGAGACAUUUCCAAAAUGGACGCCUUAAAGCUGGGUUGCAUCAAUGCAGAGUACCCUGACUCAUUCGGCCACUACCGCGAGGCCAAGUUCUCCCAGACCAAGCACCACUGGUGGUGGAAGCUGCACUUUGUGUGGGACAGGGUCCGGGCGCUGAAGGACCACCGGGGCUUGGUGCUACUUAUAGAGGAGGACCACUUCCUCUCCCCGGACUUCCUCCACCUCCUCAAGCUGAUGUCGAUCCUAAAGAGGGAGAAUUGCCCAGACUGUGACAUCCUGUCUCUGGGGAGCUAUAGCCACAUCAGCUACGCUAGCAAAUCCAACAAGGUGGAGGUGAAAGCCUGGAAGUCCACCGAGCACAACAUGGGCAUGGCUCUGAGCAGGGAGACCUACCAGAAGCUCCUCCAAUGCACUGAUUUCUUCUGCACCUACGACGACUACAACUGGGAUUGGUCCUUGCAGCACCUGACCGUGACCUGUUUGCCCUCCUACUGGAAGGUCAUGGUGAGCGAGGCGCCCCGUGUCUUCCAUGCCGGGGACUGCGGAAUGCACCACAAGAGGUCUGUGUGCAUGCCGUCCAGCCAAAAGUCCAAGAUAGAGAACAUCCUUCAGAGUAGCAGCAAUCAGCUGUUCCCCAAGAACUUGCUGAUCACUAAGAGACUGCCAGCUAAUGGGGCAGGGGGGGUGGCGCCCCAUGUGAAGAACGGGGGCUGGGGGGACAUUAGGGACCAUGAACUCUGCAAGAGCUACCUUCGAUUACAGUGACCUUAUUAUCAUUAUUAUAUUGUUACUCUUCUCUUUUUUUGCAUCCUGACUAAGAAAAAGAAAGCCUUUUAAAAAUUAUCUUUAUGGACUAUUUCUUCAUAUUGCCUGUUUUAUCGGACUGUUCCAAAUAAAAAAGUAUGUUGGGUUUGGAAUUUUCUCUAUCCAAGGCAUUGAUUUAGAGUAUACAGUAUACACUCUGAAAUACCCUCAGUAUGUAAUCUGAUAAAAUUACUGUGGUGCCUUUUUUCCCAUACAUAAUUGUUCAAGUGUUUCAUUAUUUGCAUUCAUAAUAGCUUUUAAUAGCAAGAAUGCCAUUGUUUUUUUUUUAGCUAAAAUUAAACUGGAUAUGUGGAGCAUCUGUGUAAAGGGAGUAAAUUGUGACCAAAAUGAGAGCCUGCGGGGAUAGUCAAAUCUAGUGAAUUAGUGGACUGCUAUCCCAGUCUGCAUGCAUAAUUAAUUUUAAAGUUAUUUAUAUGUCAGAGAUUUGCUGAGAUCAAAGCAGGUCCUCAGAGACACCUUGUCCCAUUUACAUGAGCUUCCAUUUAACUUAUAUUCUCAAUAGAUUUAACAGAAUGUCCUUCCUACCAGAGUAUUAAGAGAGGUGCCAAUAGGAAUGUUGAUCAGAUUAAUAUCACACCAUUAAGUUAACAAUGAAAUCGCAGUGCUUAAAAAUCUAAGUUGCCAAGGUACUAAACCUCUCAAUUUGCCACUUAAUCUGAUGUCACUCAAGGAUGCACCUUUAGUCAAAGGAAGGUCAUUAGAUCCCUCCAUGACCAUUUCCCUGCUCUCUGCUUCAAUCUUAAUUAUGCUCAUGGGGAGAAUAUAUAUUUUACCUCAAUAUUUUCUUCAAGAAUUGGUUAUUUAAAUUCAUGGACUCCCAGACAACAUUCACAGCAUUGAAAUUAAUUAUAAAUUGCUGGUGCAGUAGCAGAGUACAUUUACAUGUGAGGUUCUUAGGAUGCAACUCUUUAUUGACAGUUUCCACGUGGCCAAGCUAACUUGGUGGCUUCUCUGAGGCUGCAUUGAUUUUCUUUCCCAACCACCUAAAGCAAUGGUUAAAAUCCAGGCCUGCCCGACUGAGCAGUGUUUACAAAACCUAUCUAGGAUAACUGCAGAUAUCAGGCCAACUCAGUUCCUUAUCUCCAUAGGUGUAAAUCUACUAGUCUAAGAAAAUACAUUGAGUAUAUAAAACAUAGUUCUUUCCAUGACAGACCAGGGGUACUCAAGUACAAUUUGAGAAGGUCUGGUAACACACAUUUCCUAGGUGGCAAAGGUCCGGAUAGAUAAUGUAAUUUAUCGGCGUAGUAACAAAGCCCCCCUCGCAACCCAUGCGACCCCAAACUGUUCACACCCAUCUUGUUAUCGGAGAGAAAAUGUUGCCGUUUUAAAGCUAAUUUCCCGCAAUUCUACACAUUUUGCAUAGGGGAGAGAUUUGUUUUGCUGUUUUAAAGCUACUUUCCUGCAGUUCUAUGCAUUCUUCCAUGUCUUAUGUGUGUUUAUAUGGAACCAGGGGUCUUACUGACCCUGUUCUGGAUCCGGUCUGAGGUCCGCCAGUUGAGUAUGGGGGACAUACAGUGCAUUCUGAAAGUAUUCAGACCCCCUUGACUUUUUCCACAUUUUGUUAUGUUACAGCCUUAUUUUAAAAUGGAUGAAAUAGUUUCCCCCCCUCAUCUGUACACAAUACCCCAUAAUGACAAAGCAACAACAGGUUUUUAGACAUUUUUGCAAAUGUAUUAAAAAUAUAAACUGAUAUCAUAGUUACAUAACUAUUUAGACCAUUUAGUAAGUACUAUGUUGAAGCACCUUUGGCAACGAUUACAGUAUGCUUGGGUAUGAUGCUAUAGGCUUGGCACAGCUGUAUUUAUAGAGUUUCUCCCAUUCUUCUCUGAAGAUUCUCUCAAGCUCUGUCAGGUUGGAUGGGGAGCAUCGCUGCACAGCUAUUUUCAGGUCUCUCCAGAGAUGUUCAAUCGGGUUCAAGUCUUGGCUCUAGCUGGGCCACUCAAGGACAUUGAAAGACUUGUCCCUUAGCCACACCUGCAUUGUCUUGGCUGUGUGCUUAGGGUCGUCGUCCUGUUGGAAGGGGAACCUUCGCCCCACUCUGAGGUCCUGAGCACUGUGAAGCUUGGCAUUCAGGCCAAAGAGUUCAAUCUUUGUUUCAUCAGACCAGGGAGUCUUUUAUGUACCUUUUGGCAAACUCCAAGCAGGAUGUCAUGUGCCUUUUACUGAGGAGUGGCUUCCGUCUGGCCACUCUACCAUAAAGUCCUGAUUGGUGGAGUGCUGCAGAGAUGGUUGUCCUCGAAGGUUCUCCCAUCUCCACAGAGGAACUCUGGAGCUCUGUCAGAGUUACCCACGGGUUCUUGGUCACCUCCCUGACCAAGGCUCUUCUCUCCGAAUUGCUCAGUUUGGCUGGGUGGCCAGCUCUAAGAAGAGUCUUGUUGGUUCCAGACUUCUUGUAUUUAAGAAUGAUGGAGGCCUCUGUGAUCUUGAGGACCUUCAAUGCUGCAGAUGUUUUCUUUGUACCAUUUCUGAGAUCUGUGCCUUGGACACUCAUGUCUCGGAGCCCUACGGACAAUUCCUUCGACCUUGGGGUUUGGUUUUUGCUCUGACAUUCACUGUCAACUGUGGGACCGUAUAUAGACAGGUGUGUGCCUUUCUAAAUCAUGUCCAAUCAAUUGUAUUUACCACAUAAACAUCUCGAAGAUGAUCAAUGGAAACAGGAUGCUCCUGAGCUCGAUUUCGAGUCUCAUAGCAAAGGAUCUGAAAACUUAUGUAAAUAAUAUUGUUUUUUCUAAACAAAUACCUUAUUUAUUUAAACCUGUUUUCACUUUGUCAUUAUGGGGUAUUGUUUGUAGAUUGAUGCAGAAAAACAUUAAUUUAAUCCAUUUUAUAAUAAGGCUGUAACGUACCAAAAUGUGAAAAAAGUCAAGGUUUUUGAAUACUUUC